AUGGUGGAUGUAGGGCUGACUCAAGCUCAAAGUGCAAGGCAGUGCGUUUCAUUUCCAUUGACUGCCAUUGCAUCAUCCGAUGUGAUAUCUGUUGCCAAUGGAUAUGUUCAUCGGGGCUGUGCGAAGUACGCACAGCAAGCCGAAUCCCCCGCGGCAUCUGCGGCCCUACCGUUGAGUUGCCUAGACGCCUUGUACCCAUCGUCUCAAUCCUUUGCCACUCAAGCAGCCACCAGUGCUUGUAAAUCUGACACUCCAAACCCAUGGGCCUGGAACGGGGGCUUCCCCAACAGCGGAAGCCACAAUAACUUCUCUUGGAACAACAACACCGGAAACAACACCUCGACGAACUGUGGCAACACGACAUCAGAGAAUUGCGGUAAUACGACCACCAACUACGACAACAGUAGGAACAUGACCACACGAGCCGAUACCGCAACCGCCUACCACUACAUGAAUAGUAAUAACAGGAACAUUCGGACGGGUAACAUCUCGGCUAAUGGAGGAAAUGCGAGUAAGGGGGGUGAUACGGGAGGCAGAUCUGGUUCUGGUCAUUCAUCAUCUAACACGUCGGAUAACGUUGUGGGUGGUAGUGGGCUUUGGAUACUUCUUAUAUUGAUUGGCAUUUCAUGGCAAAGUAUGCUCAAAGGGCUACAGACCAAGGCUAGAAUGAGUCGCGGCUAUAACUACUCGGUAGAGAGCUAG